AUGAGCACAACUGAGGGAACCUCAAGGCCUAACGCUCAACACUAACUCUUACUCAACAGCUAGAAAAUCAAUAUCAGCCCUAUGAUGGAUGAUGAAGUAGGAUUAGAUUAAAAAGCAAAGUCUGAAAACAUCAAAAAUAUUUUUGAGAAUAGAGGGUAUAUCUCAGCUUUUGUAAUUCUGGGUCUUUUUUACUUCUUCGACGUUUUUAUUGGGAUGUUCAUGCUAUACAGAGAGUAUGAUCAAGAUGGACCAUUUAGAUAUGCUUAGAGAGAAAACGAUUAUGUUUUAACUGAUCGUCCUUACGAUAUUAUCGAGCUUAUUCUUCUUGGAAUACUCGUAAUUGAAAUUAUAAUAAAAGCUAUUUUCACUACAAAAUCUCAAUCCAAGGUUGGAGUCGGGAAAAGAGAGGUAGCAUUAGAUACGAUUCUAACAUUAUUGGCAGUAGCCUUGUAUAUUAUAGAGAUAUUCUGUACCACACCUAUUAUCAUAGGUUUCAUCAGGUUCAGAUGUAUGCUUAAGUUUCCAUUCAUUUACCAAUUGCUAAUAUCUAACUGCACAAAAAAGAAUAACGUCGUGCCUAUCAAACUCCCUAAGGAAAAUUUCAAAAGCUAUAAGGAAAAAGUAGUUUACAUUUUGCAAUCAUUCAAUGAAAAUCUUGAAAAUCCGAGAGAAUUAAACUGGUGCCUACAUGUCAUUAAGAAUGAUUUCUUGUAAAUUUCAAAUAGUCUGAUAGCUAAUCCACCAAAUGGUAUUACUUCAAGGAGAUUUUCAAAAACUCAGAAGUUUUUGACUUAUGACUAAGGUUUAGAAUCGAACGUAAUCAAUACUUGGAUUUCAAACUUGCUAACAACUAAUGGAGGAACCUCUAAAAUUCAUGAUAAUGUUAGUUCCAAUGAUCUUUUAGUUGAUCCUAGAUAAACUGGAAAUCCAUUAUCAGACUAUUCUUAGAAGGAUAUUCUUGAAUUUGAAGAUCAUAUUAAUAGCAAUCAUUUCAAUGCUUUUGACUUGCACAAAGUCUCAAAAAAUAACUCACUGUAUUUCAUGCUACAAUAUACUUGCUAAAAAUACGACUAUACAAAUAACAUUAGAUUUGAUCCAAUUAAAUACCAAACCUUCAGUUUGAAACUUUAGGCUGCCUAUAGACCUAAUAACCCAUAUCACACAGCUAUUCAUGCAGCUGAUGUCGUUUAAAACGUUUAUUAUUAUCUUAUUGGCAUUGGAGGAAACGCUCAUGAAAUAUGUAAAUUUACAGUUCUCGAAAUUGCAAGUCUAUUGAUUUCAGCAGCUGCUCAUGACAUUGAUCAUCCAGGGAACAAUAACGUAUUUGAGCAGAAGACUAGAUCUAAGCUUGCUACUCUGUACAAUGACUAGGCCAUUUUAGAAAAUCAUCAUGCAGCAAGCUUCUUUUUCCUAAUAGAAGGAGAUGAUUCUUGUAACAUAUUUGAAAAUCUUAGCAAAGCAGAAAUGACCACUGUUCGAAAAUAUAUUGUUGAUAAUAUUCUUUACACAGACAUGACAAAGCAUUUCAUAUUUACCGGAGAAAUAAAAGGUCUACCAAACAAAGAAGAUUUCAAUCCUUCUGAUGCAAAGUAUAAGCCAGACAUAAUGAAGGCUUUAGUUCAUGCUGCCGAUGUAGGAAAUCCAGCAAGACCUUUCGAAAUUUGUAAAAUUUGGGCAUUCAAAAUUAUCUCUGAAUUUUUCGCUUAAGGUGACAAAGAAAGAGAAUUAGGCCUAGAAAUAUCUAUGCUAUGUGAUAGAUGGACUGUAAAUGUUGGUUAAAGUCAGACAGGCUUCAUUGACUUCGUUAUUGUUCCUUACUUUGACGCAUUAGCAAAAAUUUUACCUCAGAUGGAUUAUGCAACAAUUCAAUUAAGGCAGAACAAAGAGUAAUGGGUAAAAACAGUGGAUGAAUAUGAGAAGCAGAAAAAAGCAAAUGGUAAUGAAUCAUUAUGA